AACCUCUACAUUUAUUAAAAUGUUAUAAGUGUCUCUAUUGGUAAAAAAAAGUCAUGUGACAACAGUGAACUAUUCCUGUAGACUUCUAUCUAACACCGGUGUUUCGCAUUAGUAAUUUGGCUGUUUACUUGUUUCGACGUCUGUGUCAACAGUAAUAGAGAAGGAAAGUUUUGUGAUUUGAUUGAGUGUUCUAAGAUCCCGAAACAGAUGCUAAAAGAUGUUUAACAGCUAUGAAAUUUGACAAACUAACUUCGGAACAAUUCGAUAACUACUGGAAAGCUUGCACACAAUAUCGUCUAAAUGACAUUAAAAUGGCUCAAAAUUCUGCUGAAAUCCUUAAAACAUGGAAUUUUUAUUCACAACCUUCUCGUGCAACCUUCUGGAUAUCGAUUGAUUGAUAUGGACUUUGGAGUGGCAUUCGGAAACAGUAAUGGACUUAUCAAAGGAUGGAAAAAUAUUUUUCGAAAGAAUUGUCUCUGAGUGUGAAAGUCAUAUUAAGGAUAAGACAAAUAAGGCAUUGCUUGAAAAGAUUACCCAUGGAGACAUUUCAGAAAAUGAGGUAUGUUCCAAUCAUCUUCCAGUGCCUCCAUCGACCCCGAGCAAUCUUAUCCAAGAUUACGAAGUUACUCCGGUCCCGGCCCGUCUUCCUAAAUUGACAAAAAACCCUUGGGUACGAAAGAGUGGCGUCAAGGAAACCAUUAAACGGUUAGCUGAAGUUUAUGGUUGCAAGCAGUUCCAGUACAAUUUAAUUCAGUUUUGGUUUCUGGAUUUUUUAGCUGAUUGUUUGUGGAGAGUGCAGGACGAGUACCAGUUCAAUGAGAAACAACAGCAGGUUGUGUUGGACUGGGUAAUUUUUGUGUUUAAUUUAAUAAGAGCGCCUGAUUUGAAAUUAUCAAGAAAGCAAUUGAUUAAAAUUUUUUCUGAAGCCAUAAACGUAGCAGAACACCACAUAGAGACUGGCGCGUCGUCAAUUCCCCCUCCAGAGGAGUUAUUUAGCGUAAAAAAAUUAAACACCGGCGAACCUACAGUUAUUAAUGAGAAAGAAAAUGAGUCUGGAAGUGGUUCGUCAAUAUGUUCAUCUCUAGAGGAAAAGUCUGGUCAUGAUGAUAAGAGUUAUCUAGCAAUUGAAUUGGAUCAAGAAAUAAAAUAUUACGAUAUACCUUCGAGGAUAUGUCAAUGGGACACAGAUGAUGAAGAUUUAAGUAGUUCUGUUGAAACAAUGUCUGAGGACGAAGCUAUAAUUCUAAAUGAAUCUAUUAGUGUACAGAAUAAUGUUGAUGAAAAAAACGUGGACCUUAUGUAUGAAGACUUUUAUCAACCAGAUUUGUCUACACCUCCAAGAUUUAAAGAGUCAUCCGAGUCUUCUACCGAGAUAACUUUGUCUUCUGAUUUGGUCGAUGAAAGUUCAGAUAAUUCUAUAGCUGAAGAAGAGCAAAAAGAAGAUGCAAAUUCGUCAGGCUGGUUUAUCCCAAAGAAAAAAAUUAUAGACGUUUCUUGUCCGAGUAAGGUUUUUGAUGUUAUUCCUGAAGAGAAGUCCGAAGAACAAAUGGAAGAUGAAAUACUAAAGAGCUGGUAUGAGUAUCAUUUGUGGCAGCUCAGAAUCGCAAAUAUGAACGAUCCUAACACUGGAUGGUUAGCUGCUUCUGAUCUGGCUGCCACAUCAAGCAAAAUGAUUUUAAAGAAACCGACAGGCGAAGAAGCGAAGGAACAGUUAACUGGAUUUUUAUUGGAGACGAAAAAAGAGAUAAAAGACAUGCAGAGAAAUCAGUUUGUAAACACUUGUGUACUGAUGGCAAUUAAGCAAAUUGUUAACGAAUUCUUUCUUGACAGUUUCCAGUUUUGUGUUUUAAAAGUAGCCUUCAGAUAUACUCACUAUUUAAUCACGCAAGAACUUAAUUCCAAAUGGAAUGUGCCAAAAAGGUUUAAAGGCGAACAUAAACGACCGAUGCCGAAAAAGAUGAAGAAACCAAAAGUCCCUAAAUCAAAAAAGAAAGCAAAAAUAACACAUAAAACUAAAAGUACCAGAACAAAGAGUUCGAGAGCCUCGAAAAAGAGCAAAGCAUCAAAAGCGCGUUCUGACAAGAAAAGCAAGAAAGGAAAAAACCAUAAAAAGGAAAAAUCACGCCGAAAAUUAACGAAGCAGGAGAAAGCCGAGCUAGCCCGACAAGAAGCUAAAAGAAAACUCUACGAAGAAAUGGAAAGAAAAGCGGAAGAAAACAAACGCUUUAUGUUCCCUCUAGUUGAUUCAGUUGGAGACAAAUUCUUUGAAAAUAUAUUCGAAAAUUGGGUCAACCCAAAGAAAAAAAGAGCUUCGAAGUCGAAUAAAGAUAAAACGAAAAAGAAUAAGAAGAAAGGUAAAAAGCAUGCUUAAGCUUUUGAUAUUAUUUAUAAAAAUUGUAAUAAUUAGAAAAAUAAAUUAUAUUUAUAUGAACUUUAUAAUAAACCUGUCUUUUUUAGUUU